AUGGACAAGGAAAUAAACGAAUGGGACGAAACGUUGUUGGAAAUACAAGAAGACAUACUGGAACAUGUAAAAAGUGGAGCCUCAAAAGAAGUUUUAAUACCGCUUGUCAAAUCCCUCCCACAUGUCAAUUAUUUUGAAGUAGUAAAUAAGCAAGAGGAAUGGACACCACUUCAUUGGGCCGUAGCAACCAACCAAAAACAAUUAUGCGAAAUUUUAAUUCAAAAUGGUAACGCAGAUGUUAAUAUAAUGGCAUCCAAUGUCCCUUCAGGCGAUAUUAAAAAUUUUGCGGAAUCGCCUUUUAUGAUAGCCUGCACUCCAAUCGUUAGCUUCGAUUUGUUUAAGCUAUUACUAAAUAAUGGCGCUGAUGUCCAGGCUAGGGGACUAGUUUCAAUGUUUUCCAGUCUUUUGCAUGUAGUAAGAGAACCAAUAGAACUGGAUUUAGAAAAUAUUGUUAAUUUAGACACACAAUAUAAGAAGUUGAAAAUUUUGUUAGAAAUGAACGUCGAUGUCAAAGCUACUUCAUCGGACGGCAUGACGUGUUUACAUUGGUUUUGCCCGAUAAUAAAUGACGAAAACGAUCGUGAAAUAGCCGCUGAAAUGUUUAAACACUUGAUUCAAGGUGGGGCUGACGUCAAUUGUCGUGACGUUUGGGGAGAAACACCGUUAUCACACGCAUGCUCCAACGUAAAUCCGACAGUUAUUCGACUUUUGUUGGAGAAUGGCGGUGAUAUCAACGUUGUCGGUGGAAUUGUCGGAGAAACCUUUCUUCAUGCACUGAGAACGAUGGAAAUUAAUUUUUGUAAGGACGAUUUUAAAGAGUGCUUUCGUCUUCUUAUUAACGCAGGCGUUGAUAUCAAUUCACGCACAUUCACUGGAGAUGCUUACCUGCAUAAUUUAUGCGAAAAAAGUCCUAACCUGUGUGCCGUUAAAAUGGCAAUCGAAAGUGGAGCUGAGGUUGAUGUACGAAAUUGUUUCGGGCAUACACCGCUUUACAGUUGUCUGGUUUUUCGCGAUGAGUAUUCGUACUUUGACGAAAAAAACAAAACGUUUUGUCGGAACAAUUUAGACGAGGAGAGAGAAAAAGUGAUGGAAUAUUUAAUAUCACAAGGAGGAGAUAUAAGCGCAAGAGAUAUUAAUGAAAUGACCGCCCUUGUGAGAGCUGCUUCCAAGGGUUUACUUGACAGUGUCACUUUUUUACUCAAUCGCGGUGCUAAUAUAAAUUCAACUGACAAGUGCAAUCGAACCGCUCUCCAUCAUUGUGUUUUUCAGCUGAAUUGUUUUACUGAUAUAAAGAUGGUAGACACGUUGAUAAGUAGGGGCAUUGAUGUGAACAUCAAAGAUAACUUUGGUAAAACCGCCGCGUAUUAUGUAAAUUUUCUCAACGAGCACAACCGGAAAAAGUUUGACUUGUUAAGAGAUAAAUGUGACACUAACCAUGACGAAUGUAUGCAGAAAUACAAAGAAAAUCUCGCUAAGCAAGACGAACUUAAAAAGUGUUUGACUAUUCCAAAAGAUGGCGCAGCAGACGCUGCAGUGAAAGUUCGUGAAAACAAACAACUGAUUUUUGAGCUGCUUCAAACCCCUGGUGUAGGAUCAGUGGCACAGCUAAAAGACAACUUUUCAAUAAAAAAACGCGUAGAAACCCUAAUGAAACGACUUGAAAAGGAAUUAUCUCGAAGUGAUUCAUUUUUCACCUACGAGGCCCUAGUGUCGGGAGGGGUAAGUGAGGGAACGAAGGUCGGACUCCCAGACGAAUUUGAUUACCUUUUCAUUGUUCAUGGGUUGUUAGAAGAUUUUGUUUGUGACGAAACGGAAACGGAACCUGGUUUUAUUCGUCUAAAAAACAAUCGAAUUAUUGACAUCGGACAAUCACAAGUGAUGACUCGUGUACCCACAGCAGAAGACACGAGCAAUCAAACCUCUUUGGAUGGCAUUGCAGAUGCAGAUGCUUGUUUCCGAACAUCUGGGUAUUUCGAUACAGCUAAAUUCAUACGCUACUUCCAUUCUCAGGUUUUUAAAAUAAUGCAAAAGCCUUGUUUUUGGGAUGAUCUUGAUUUGUACUGGAUGCCCUUGAGUUACAAACUUCAGGGUGACUUUGAGCGUGAAAUAAACGUGGGCGCUAAUUUGUACGUUGAAUUGCAAUGCCCGACAGAAGAAAUAGGCGAACUAAAUAUUUCGAUUGACGUUGUACCGGUGGUGAGAUUCCCCGAUACCUUCUGGCCGAAAGACUCAGUUGACAAAUCUGUAUCGCUUAUUCGUUCUAACCAAGAUAAUUUUUGUGGCGUUUUAAUGAAAGCAGCAGGAUCCAAAACAAAAGAAGCGACCCAGAUUCGAUUAUCGACCUCUCUAAUUGAAAGAAAUAUUUUGCAGUCUUCUACUCCAAGUUUAAAAGAAGCAUUUGUCUUGCUUAAAACUCUAAAGAACAUAUCUUCUUUGCAGCUUUCUAAAACUUCUAAAUUUAAAGUUCGCACGAUCUUUAACACGUAUGAUUUCAAAAACGCGGCAAUACAUUACGCUGCUCAGUACCACGAAAUAAAAAAUCGCGACGCAACGCGGACCGAAGUAAAACGAAGUGAAGUCUGCUUGAGAGACACUCAGACAGAAAGCAGUGAAGCUAUUGCUAAGCAUGUAAGAAAUAUUACCGCAUUUGUUAAUCGGGAAUCUUUCUUUUUUCCGAAUGCACAAAUAUCGAGACAAAAAGUUACGGUUCGCGACAAAUCAGAAGAUCAAGAAGUUAUUUUGAGUCCCCGGUGUUGUCUUGCUUUCUUGUCAAACCAACCUUUCGAUUUUGUUACAAUGUAUUAUAUUUUGCAGACUGUAACUUAUUCUACCGCCAAAAAAGGAUACUGA